AUGAAUAACAAACGGUUUUUAAUUUUUAUUCAAAAAUAUUUUUUAAAUUUUAGGGCAUAUAAAGACGAGGAAGUUUUUCCAUCAGAAUUAACACUUAUUUCUUGGAAUGUUGAUGGACUCGAUGAUCGUCAGAGAGAAAAGCGCUUUACCGCUGCUCUUUAUAUUAUUGCGAAAACAAAUCCAGAAGUAAUUUUCUUGCAAGAAAUGGUUGAACCUUUAAUGCCUCAACUUAAUGGAUUGAUGUCUCCAAUGUACAACACUUUUAUUCAAAAACCAAAUUGUGGAUAUUUUUGUAUAACUUUGGUUAGCAAGAAUAUUAAAAUAAUAAAAGACGAAUUUAUUCCUUUUGAUAAUACAACAAUGGGUAGAGGAAUGUUAAUUGUUGAGGGCAUUUGGCAAAAUUUAAAGAUAAAUCUUUUAAAUUCACAUUUGGAGUCUACGGCUGAUUAUUCAAAUGCUAGAAGUUCUCAAUUUUCUAAAUGUCUUGAACAAAUUGAGUUAAUGACAAAAUCUGAUGAAACACUUGCAAUUUUUGGUUGGAAAUUUGCCAGAAUCAAUUAA